AUGGAAAAUAGGCUAAUGGUACAUGUUGUCAUGAAGGAUUUCGAUAUGGCAGCCAAGAAGAAGAAGGUCAACAACAGCAAGAAGCGCAAGGCUGAUGAUCGGGACAAGGACGACAGCGAGGAAGACAUCGAGCUUGUCGAGCAGCUUCGUCGUGAACUUGCGGAGAAAGAAGCGGAGAUAGAGCGUAUGAACGAGCCCGCAGAAGAAGAAUCUGCUCCCCGAACUUCUGAUCGCAAGGGUCGCCAGCUUGUCCGUUGGGAUGAUGAUCACGACAUCCGCUUGCUCCUCGCAAUCCAACACGCGUGCCUCUCGGCCGGAGUGAAGAUCCCCUGGCAGGACGUUGCUAAGACCCUGGGAGCCAAGUUCACCGAAGGUGCCAUCACACAGCACCUUGCCAAGGUUCGCACCAGGCGCAUUGCCGGCCACAAGUGGGUUCCACCGCUUGCGAAGCGUGGCGGAAAGCCCCGUGAACAGGACGACGCAGAUUGCAAGACCCAGAAGGGGAAGAUGUCUUCGGAUAAGCAACUCUUGCCAGCUGCUGACCUCGGGUCUGGCUCUAAGGGCAACUCCCGUCGUGGAGGAGGUCGCAACACCUUCGUUGACAGCAGCGACGAGUCUGAUGAUGACAUCUUUGGCAUGUCCAUGAACAAGGGACGCAAGAUGCACAGCGGACUUCCGUUUGCCAACAGUGACGGCUCAGGUAAUCGCCCAGAAGGAUACGGCGCCGGUCAACCGUGGCUCACACAGUUUUCAGGAAAUACCGGUCUUGGGUUUGAUAGCGAAGGUGAUGGAUAUGCCACUGGCAGCUCCAGAUUUACACCCGACGGCGAUGACGAAUCGAGCGAGACUACUGCGGAGGUGAAGAAGUCCAAGAUCGUGAAGUUGAAGAUUGAUGGAGAAGCGCUCACUCGCAUUACCGGCGGGGUGCCAAACGCAUCGUCGUCGCGCUACGUGAGCAACAGCUCUCUCCCGGCUCCAGUCACCCCCCAGCGUCGGCCUGUGGCAUUCAACCACCCCCCUCAGCGCCAAAGCUUCCGGACCCUCCCCCCGGGCAUGGACGCACCCAUCCCUGCGCCUCCUUUUUACGGUCACCAGGACAUGUACGGUCCGAACUAUGUGUACCACCCAUCGUCUGGUCCAAGCCUCUUUGAGCAGCCGACUCCUCAGGCCAGGUCGCAAUCUGGACAAAGCCCUUUCCUGCGCAAUCCCCAGGAUCCGCAGCAUUCGCCUACUCCUGUUUACCCGUCUCGCACGACUGUAUUGGAUCGUGAGUUGGAGAACCAUUACCCACGGGUUCAGACCCCCGGAGAGCUGACGAUGUUGACGGGUAUGACGGAAGACCCAACCUACAACUCGUUUCGCGGCCGCCUUGCUGCCCAGAAUCGCUGGGGCCAUGAUCUUGCUUAUGACCGAGAGUUUGAGCGGCAGAUUGAACAAGCUACUGCAGUGCGAAACGCCCGGGAAACUUUCCAGCGACAGAACCAGGGAGCCAUUCUGCCAGCCCCCCAAGGUUACGUUGAAAACUUGGCUCUGGGAGUCCCUCAGGAUUACGCUCAGUUUUACGCAAUGGGAGCCGUUCAGCAAUACCUUCAGCCAACCGCUCAAGAAUACGACCAGUCAGUCAUGCAGCAAGUCUCUCAGGGACACGCUCAGGGAGCUGCUCAGGAAUUCACGCAGCCAGCUAUGCAGCAAGUCUCUCAGGGACAAGCUCACGGGGUCACGGAGGAACUCACCAAGAUACCCGUUAACUCAGAUUUCGAGCGACUCGUCCAGGAAACUGAGGCCCUUCGUGCCAACGUUGAUCUCGAUGAUCCGCUCUGGGCCCCUAUUUACAAAGAUCUUGAUGCGCUCGGCGAAUCGAUGAACGAACCGGUGGACGCACCGUUGGGAAGUGUCAGUAUUCUCAACACUCAUGCGUGGCAACAGCCCCUGCCUCAGGCUCAAGAGGAGGCUCAAGUGGAGGCAGCCUACCCCCUCCGCCCCCGCCAGCCCAUGUCCGGUGUCAACCCUGUGGAGGGUGAGCCGGUGGCCGAGAAGGAGGCUGAAGAGAAGGCCGACGAGGAGGUCCCCUGGGACUUCUUCUAA